GCGGGUUUUAGACAGCCGAACAUUUUGAAAUCCAGCGCAGUUGCAGGAGACGGAAAGUUGACGGAAUUGAAAUUAAGUGCUAACGUUAAUUCACGUGAUCCAGUAUUUAUUUCGCACAAUGUCAAGCAGAAGGAGUGAGGCUCUGGCGGUCUCUCUGGUGUCGGGGAUCAACAUGGCCAUGGCCCGGCUCGUGGAUAUCUGGGACAGUAUCGGCAUCAUGGAGGAGCAGAGGGUGGAGCGUAUGGAGACUGUAAAGAAGCACAUUGAGAGUCUUCUGAAUGAUAUGAUCACAGAGGAAGCAGCUUUGAAACAAAGAAUCGGGUCCAACAUCGGCAAAUUUCAGGAGCAGUUGGAGACCUUGUGUCAGGAGAUGUCAUUGGAGCCUUCCAAAAUGGAGGAGGGCCUCACGGUGCUGCAGAAGGAGAGGAACCUGCGUCUGCAGGUGGAGGCGCUCCUAAAGGAGAAGGGGGACCGACAGAAGGAGGCGCGGAGCCUACAGCAGCAGGACGAGGAGCUGUGUGUGGAGCUCUGCGCCACGCCCUACUACAUCCCGUCCGGCACCUUGCCCUCCCGUCUCCAGCUGCAGGAGCUGCGCCAGCACAUCCACACCCUCACCCAGGAGAAGAACAGCAGGGUUAAGGUGUUCGAGGGACUCCGGGAGGACAUUGGUCGCAUGAUGCAGGAGAUGGGCCACGAACCCGAGACCAGCCUGGAGAAGGAGGCUGUCUGCAGCGACGACGAUGUCUUCCUGCUCACGCACGAGAACAUUAAAGCCCUCAAGCUGCUCCUCUGCCAGCUAGAGGUGAAGAAGAAGUCUCUCACCUCCACCCGAGAUGAGCUGAAAGGGAGAGCCCAGAGCCUGUGGGAGCGUCUGGACGUCCUGCAGCUGGAACGGGAGGGCUUUCUGGAAGGGCUCAUGGGCCCUCUCUCCGAGGACAUCGCUCUGUGGCAGAAGGAGGUAGAUGGGCUGGAGGUGCAGCAGAAGGCUCGGCUUGGGGAAGUCAUCAGUAAGGUGCGUCAGGAACUGGCCGAUUAUUGGGACAAGUGCAUGUUCGGUCCCGCCCAGAAAGAAACCUUCAACGUCCACUUCUGUGACGAGAGCUUCACGGAGGGCCUGCUCUCCAUCCACGAGGCCGAGCUGCAGAGGGUUAAAGCCUGGUUAGAGAAAUCACGCCCCCUACUGGAGAACGUGGAGAAAUGGGAGAAGAACUGGGCACUCUUCCAGGACUUUGAGAGGAAAGCAUCCGAUCCCAACCGCUUCUCCAACCGUGGUGGUGCCCUCCUGAAGGAGGCCAAGGACCGAGUCAGAGUGCAGAAGAUGCUGCCCAAGCUGGAGGAGGAGCUGAGGUCUGGGGUGGAGGAGUUUGAGAAGAUCCACGGCUCUCCUAUCCUGGUACGGGGUCAAAAGGUCAUGGAGUACAUCUCCAGCCAAUGGGAGGAGCACAGGCUGCAGCGCGGGAAGGAGAAGAACGAGCGUAUGACUAAGAAAGGCGAGGUGACUCAACCGUUCAAAACUCCGAGCAAGAGACCCCACGGAAGCACCAGCGUGGGCUCCACUCCCAACAAGAUGAGGAAGACGCCCAAUCAGACGACGCUGCGCAGCACCUGCCCCACCCCCAGCGGAACGCCCAGCGCCUUCAUCAGCAUGUCGGCCAAACCACCGCUGAGCACAAACAAGGCCCAGAAGAGCAGGACCCUGGACACCAGCCACGCCCCGCUGCAUGAACUCAACAGUGAGAAGAAGCACCUGAGGAUUGGCAGCUACUCAGAGUUCACGAGUGAGCUUUCCAAGAAGACCAACCACGACGCCGUCCUCAACUCCACAGUGAAAGACAUUUUCUGAGUUGAGCGCGACUGCUUUUAUUUCUUCCCUUUAGCUAGUUAAGCCUUUGCCUCCGUUUGCACGUGGGUUUGUUCUCCGGUCGAUGAAGGUAACGUGCACUGUGAGGCAUAUGGCUCAGAUUUCAGUGAUCCCCUGAAACACAGCACUAUAUUCUACUUGGCAUUAAGCACUGCUGCUUAUUUUUUAUUCAUUUAAACAUGCUGAAGAACAAACAUAUUGCAUGUAAGCGAUCUGUUGGGGAGGGAGGCAGUUGAUGAGGAUCACUAGCUCAUAGAAGUCCUCUUGAUGAAAACACAUUGCUACUUCAUUGCUGCAUGCAAUGAAAGGCUGCAGAAAGGUAAUAUUGAUUUUAAGUGAAACUGUCCCAUUUUCUGCACAAGAUUUUACACAAGGCUGCUCCGGCUUCUUACACAGGAUAUUCAACGGGAUGCAAAGUUGACAUUUUGUAGUGCUGUUUUUAUGAAAGAUAUGUUUUUAUUUGUUUAUUGAGCAGGGUAUUUUCACACAGAGUUUUGAAAAUUAAACUUUACUUAAACUUUAAUUUUUUCAGCUUUCUGAAAAGUGCACUGAAACUUUUUAGGUCUUGACACCUUUGUAAAUAUUCUUAUCUGAAGAUGACUCCACUUGUGUGUUUUUCUGUAGUGUUUGUUCAGUUUGUUUUCCUGUUGAAACCUCCUAAUGUCCUUUUCUUUAGCUUUCUCCCACGUCUUCAAAUAAAUAUGUUAAUGUCA